UUGGAAAAACUGCCACAACAUGUUUGGAUUUUUGGGAGUGGUAACAUGCCUUUUACUAACACAUUUUCAUAUUGGUGAUGGAGUCUGGAGAUAUAAGAAUACUUUCGAGGAGAAAGAGUUAUACACCACACACAGUGCUUUUUUUUUAGAGUAUGAAGGAUCCUCUUUUUUAGAGUGGCAAUACCCUGAGAGUUGUGACGUCAAUAACAAGAGCUUACCCAAUGCUGCUAUUUGGUGCGAAUCUUCUGGAUUUGCCACUGUAAAGCCACUGGUUUCUGUAAGGGAAGAGGAGCGACACCUUUAUAUAAGUGACUCAUUUUUCCGCUUUUCGUGGUAUGCUGUUAUUCCUGAGCUCAGAAAUGCAUCUGAAAGUGACUCCCAGAUUGUCAGAAUAUGGAUCAUUGAUCCAGACCGAGCAGAAAGGACUGAAAUUUACAACACUGCACUUGUUCCCUCUAUACAUUCUAGAUAUCUUACUAAGCAAUUCCUCAUCAGUGGAGCAUAUCCAGUCAUUGAGUCAUCUUCAUCCUCUCAGACAGUACAGAGUUACUUCACAAAUCAGGGAUUUUGGGAAGCUCGGCUUCUUGGUAACCCUGAAUAUCAUAGUUUUUGCAUAUUUGGUCAGUCAGUCUCUUUUCAUGGACAGUGUGUUGUUUCUAGUCGACAUACUUUUUACAUGGCAUCCCCAGAGAAACCAUAUGGUGAUAGAGAGGUAUCCCUAUACCUGCCAACAGGGAGCCAGUUGUCUUUAGUAUGGGGUGUAUGUACCCCUUACCGAGCCUUACUACUCUCUGAAAAAGGCACUUUCAUGACCAAGAAUGCUUUCCUCACUUAUGAGGAGGUCAAGGUCGACCCUGGAGAUUUGCAUGUGCCAGCUGAGGGUUAUUUUACAAUUUUUGAGGCUGCCCUAUUGGAGAAUGCCUUAAUAUUCCGCGUAGGAGAUGCUCUUCUCUGGAGAGACAACAAGGACAGAAUAUUGAGGAUGAAUCCAAAUAAAUUGUUGGAUCAUGGGGUUAAAGGCCUCAAUUUCAGAACUCAGUGUGUGGAUUACUACCCCUUGCAAGACUUUGAACUUGCUUCAGUUCUUGCAUGGAAAGACCAUGAACUUUAUGUAGGUGGAAAAAGUCUGGACUGGCAGAAUAACAACAACUAUAUGACAAAGGUACUGAGUCUUCCCAAAACUGCCACCAUCCUUACUGCCUCGUUUGGCUCCCAUCCAGAAGCUUUGGACGCACUGGUCAUGUACACACACAAUGACGACCCUGUACGACUUUCCCUGAUCACAUUCUAUGAGACAGAAGGUAUCUGGAGAUCCAGCACUUUCUUGAGUAACCUCAAAGAGCAGGAUGCUCUUCAGGGCCCAUUUCAGAUGUUCUUUGUAGGCUCAGCUUUGGAAACUCUGUUGGUGUGGAACAAAGAUGUGAUGCUCUAUAGUUUUCACAAUAAUAGUGAAUGGGGAUACAUGCAACCAACUAAUUUUUCCAGCCUAAGCCAAGCAGCCAAUGGGAGCCACAUUCAUCAAGUUGUCAUGGACCACUCAUGGAAUAUGCUGAUUAAGAUGGAGAACAAUGCGUUGUUCUUCUGUAAAGCUGGUAUAAAUAAACUGCUGCGGCUUCCUACUUGGAUUGACUCUGGAAGUUCAAUGGUACUCUAUCUAAACCAGAAGAAUCAGAUCGACAUGCUAAUAUUGUCAGACAGUGGUCUGCAUGUGCAGAAAUACCCUUUGCUGAUGGAGAUCAGGAGUGCCAUGCGAGGAGGGGUCCACGUCUGUCCCUUUAUUGGUUUCACACACAAGAUGAAGAGGCGUGUCUACUUCAUGGACAAGGGAGAUCGCAAGGAGUUGUGGGCUCAGAUAGUCUACCAUGUAGGUAAGAGAAUUGAUGUGAAGCUGCACAUGAACAACAAACAUCUGCUGCAAAUCACAUCAAGGACUCAUUUUGAGAGUGUGCGUGGUGUGGAAACUAUAAACAAGGGUUCAAUUUGUUUCUUUCACCUGGUAGAACAAUGUAUUAAUAUGUUGUUUUUCCAGACAUUUAUUAUUUAUCAGGAAACACACCUUAGAAGCAGGCCUAACAACUCAGGUCUAAUCUCGCAAUCAAGUGGUACUGUCUCUAUGGAGCUGCUACCAACCCAGAUUGGAAAUGCUUGCUAUCUGCCAAAAAAUCAGGUUUCUCACUUACUUGUGGGGUGCCCACCAAACAGGCACAUUCGUGUAGUAAAACCACAGGAAAUUCCAUGCGAGAUGCACACCUUUGAGAAAUAUACCAUUCCAGGAUCUGUGCUGAGAAACCCAAAACUGGAAGAUCUGCUUGUGCACUAUGACUGGAAGAGGAUUGGCUGUGUGCUGAAAAUUAACUACAAAGCUGCCUUUCGCCCUGAUAUCGAUCUGUAUGAUGGAGACACAUUUGUGCAUAGUGUUGAUGCCAACUUCAUAGUGUGGGAGAAGUUUGGUCGAAAAGACUAUUAUUUUAAUGCAACCAUGCAACAGGUAGCUUGCCUUCAUGAGGCACAAACAUGGAAAUCCAUGCUUGUCGACAAGAAGCAUUCUGAAGAGGCCUGGGGACCUCAUAAUUACAGGAGCUGUUUUGUUCAUACCUCUAAAAAACUGGGAAACCUUGACCAACCCUAUGAAAUUAUGAAUAAGAGUUCCAGGAAUUACCUCACCUUUUCCCAGAAAGAUAGUGCUACUUAUGUCUUUAUUGUAAAGAUUCUGGACCCAAAUUACAGCUUUUGUGAUCUUCGUGCUGUGUUUGCUGUUAAAACAUAUGGAAUCAAAAUCAAGGACCAGCGCUUGCCCAUGUAUGUGGUUUUGAUUCUUACCUGCAUCACACUCAUCAUGCUGUGUCUCAUCUUCUACAAAUAUGUCACCGUCUUUCGAAACAUGCUUAGAAAAAAACAUCUGUGA